AUAGCAGGCAGUGUUUGUUUGUAUGACUGCAAUCAUUGUGGGACUCUCAGCUGACUGGCUUGUAACUUUACAAUUCACUCUUAACAACAAUCGGUGGGAUUCUAAACCUUUAUCUUCAAACCAACAUCAGCUAGUGUCAUCAUUCUUUUACCAUACUUCCCAUCUCGGGUGAAAAUAAUAUUAUCAGGAUUUGAUCAGAAAUGUAUUAGACGUAGCAUAAACUACAGUGAUUUGAUAUUCUCCACGGAAAAUAAAUUUAGAAAAGGAAGAAUUAUCUGUUUAAAACGACUUAUAUUACCCUAAAAAAAGUUGCAGAAGUAAAGAAAAAUAUAUAUAGAUAGUGUUUCAAAUAUUUUACUUUUAAAUUAUAUGAAAAUUUUUGUAUUUUUAGACGUCAGAUUGAAAGAUCAAGUUAGAGCUACAGAUACAUGUUUAAUAGUUUUGGACACAACCACGAAGAACUAGGAAUUGUAUCAACUCGUACGGUUAUCAUUUUAAAUUGGAUUAAACCCGAAAUGAAACAACGUUAGAUUUAUGUUUUUCGAACUCUGUAGCAAGAUAAAGGAUUAACAGAACUUUCAUUUCUUGUGAUGUUUUUAGAUAAAAAAUAGAAAAAGGUGAUCAAUAUAUAAAAGGUGAAUUAUUUGGAUUUUAUCUGGCUUUUGAAGUGAGACAACGUUACAGGAAAUUACUUGGCAGUAUAACAUCAGGACAAGUUCCAACGAGUUCCAGACAGAAUGGGGGGGAUCUACUAAAUCUUCAAAUUAAUUAAGUCAAGUGUCACCAGGACUAUUGACCAUUUCUCCACGGGUACUCGAGACACACGGAUUGCUGACAACACUGAGUUCAAGAUGGCCAAUCGUAAAUAUUGCUAUUCGACUCUUAUUCACCCGUCGAUGAAAGAUGCCAUUAAUUUACAUAACUAUUCUACACUCAAGCUGGCAGUACUUGUGGCAGAAUUCGCUCAGCAAAUGGCCGCAGCUCACGAACACUUCUCAAAAGAAAUCCAGUCCGUGAUCGCAUCAUUUCGAAGACGUAAUUAUGAAUUGAAAAAAGAAAGACCUGUUGAUACAGAAAGUACAAUAUUUACAGCUUGGGAAAGUUUAUUACAUGAAUCAGAGAUGGAUGCACAGGCUCAUCUGGAUGCGGCCAGUUUACUUAUAAAGAAUGUGUACACACCUCUAGAAGAAGUAGCGGAACAUAAACGAAGCCAAGCUCAGCGUCUUUGUUCAUUUCGCGAAAAUUUUGAGACAAUUUUACAGAAAUCUGAAAACAAAAUGAAUUUAGCUCAAGUUGCUUAUAGAGAAGCUUAUCAAACAUAUUCCAGUGACACAAACCCAUCAAAAGAGGAGGCUAGAAGUUGUUUAUUUAAUGCUCAUAACGAUUAUGUUCUACAACUACGCUCAUCUAAUAGAUUAGUACAAGAAUUCCAGGAAGCGGUGCCACAAGUUUUAGAGGAACUAGAAGAGAUUUAUAUAGAUACCAGUAAUACCAUUAAUGUAGCUAUUGAAAGUCUAGCUUUACUACUUCUCACAAAGGCUAAUGAACAACAUCGAAGAUUUGAAGAUUUAUUACAGAUAUGUCGGCAAGUGAAUCCUCAGUUAGAUAUUUCAUUCUUUGUUAAAGUUGUCUCCCCUGAGGCUCCACCAUACCAGUUGUCUUUCCAUAAUUAUCAACCCGCAGAUAUGACUGUUACGUCACUAACUAACCCAGAGGAACCUAUGCAGAAUCAGAUAAUAUAUGAUCGUUAUACAGAGAACACCUUAAAGGAGAGACGUGUGGUAUUACAGAGAGAAGGUAUCGAACUCGCAUCGUAUAUGAAACAAAAUCAGGAUAUAACCAAUACAUUAAUUAACGUCUGUCAGAGAAAUUUAGCAAAUCAUCAAUAUGCCAAAGUUUAUGAAACUCAAGAGGAUAUGUGUCGGAAAAGAAACGAAAUUCGUGUAGCGAGCAUGCAAUUGGCAGCCAUUAGAACACAGCUUGAUAUGUUGACACCAAAACAAAACGGUACAAUGGAGGAAGAGGUUGAUGGAGAUGAGAAGAAAGAGAAGCCUUCAUCGGCCACCAUCAAGGGAAUGUGGAAAAAGGCUGUUAAAAGUAUGAAAAGCGAAGAAAAGAAGAACUGGCUGACAAAGAAAGGAAGUUUAAUCCGACGAAAAGAUUCAAAGGAAGAGGAGAUAGAAACUGAAGAAGUGAAAGUUGUGGAUCCUGUUUAUAGUUUGUUGAAGUGUGCGGCGGAUCUUCCUAAAUCUUCAAGGGUUAAGUCAAACACACCUGGACUGGGCCACGAUUUUAAAGAGUAUUAUAAGUUGACAAGUCCCGGCAAAAAGACAUCUCCGUCUGCAUUUGAUAAUAUAUUUUGAAGUCUGCUUGUAAGCAAGAUAUUGGUCAGGUUAAAAUAUUUUUAAAGCUGGUGGCAAAAAAUACUGCCAAGCUGUCUGAUUGGCUGCUUUCAGUCAUGGAACAUUUGUUUGAAGUUACUUGAUUGGUUGAUAUCAUUGAAAGUCGUUUAUGAUUGGUCGAUCAUCUUGAACUAAUCUCUAGGUCAUACGGUGUCAUUAAGCGUGUGCAAUCCAUAAUGUCUUUACGAUUUGCAUUAGAUCAUCAUUUGCCCGCUAUAUUGACUCAUUUUAAUGUCCGCAAUGAGCAGAUCCAUCAUCCAUUUUAACGGAGAAUACUUUUACCUCCCUCCGUUUUAUUAAUCAUCCAAUCCUUGCCCUGCAAUACCGACUACUAAUGACAACCAUUAAAAAUAUUCAACAACAACAAAAAGGGUAGCAAAAAUCAUUUAUAAGAACAGUUGUUAAAAAAGGGGUGCAAGAUCAUUUAUAAGAACAGCCUAUAUUAAAUUAAAAAAGGGGUGCAAGAUCAUUUAUAAGAACAGCCUAUAUUAAAUUAAAAAAGGGGUGCAAGAUCAUUUAUAAGAACAGCCUACAUUAAAGGGACAGUAGCCGUGUACCCUAAAAUAUGUUAUUUCCAUUAUUUAUUUAUUUUCUUGAAGUUUGAAAUUUAAAAAUCUCGGAAGUUGAUAAUAUAAUUGUACAAGCGAGAGACAUUAAUUCAGAUGUUAAAUUGUUUUGACAGCUCAAACUUUUAUGAUCGUAAUUUGUUUUUGUAGUUUUGUUAUUACUGUAAUUAUUGGUAAUUUGUUUUUAUUAUAUUUCUAUUUCAUUGAUUUUUUUCACGAUAAAUGUUUGUUUGUGAACCAGGAACCACGUUAUCGUUUUGAUGCUGUUGUUCCUCGGGUGACGUAACACUCUUCAAAAAAGCCUAAGCCUCCGCCAAGUAUGAUAUACUUGAAACAUGGCAAGCUUGAUUGACAAUUUUGCAUCGAUUGAUGAUUUUUGUUUUUUAACACUUGGUAAUCUUAUUGUUAUGAGGGGCGACCUUUGGAAAAAAUAAAUGCCUAAUUAAGGCUCAUCCAAUUUGUGUAGAAUCGACUUUAAACUUGGCAUGCGUGUUCUUUUGACAAUUACACGUCCAUUCACAGAUUUCGAUGUUUGACAUGAUGUCACUAUUCCAAGAUGGCUGCAAUGACAUCAGAUACCAUAUUAGUUGAUUCCUGGUUCAUUUGGUACUUGUUUUUAAAAGAAAUUUUAUGUUUUGGGUUGGGUUUUUUUGUUGGAAAAGAUAUGAUUUUGUAUAAGCCUUGUUUGCACUAUGAGCAUGUUUAGUCGAUUCGACGCUAUAUAAAUGGACAUACUAUUUUUAUUAUUAUUAACUGACCAAAUAUUCACAGACAUGAUCAUUCAGAAAAAAAACCCCAAAGUAUCGAAGAUGUACUUGUGAAUUAUUGGAAUUGCAUUACAUCCUGAGAAUAUUUUGGGGGGUGACUUUUAAAAGUCGCAACAUGACAGAUUAAAAAAUUUCUUAAAGUAAGACCGUUAGACAAUCAAAAUUACUUUAAUUAAAAAACAUUUAUGUUCAAUUAUAACUUAAUUUAUGGCCAUUUAAGACCUUUGCACAACCAAAAUAAGUUUAAAUUUGAUUUAACCGAAGAAAGAUCAGUAAGUGUAACUAAAACAAUUGUGAUUCAAUUCUAACUUGAGUUAUGGUCAUUUAUUAAGUUAAGCCAUUUUUGACGAGUGCGAAUCAGUUUGCACCUGUCAUUUGGCGGUAGCGAAUCAACUCGCUGACUUAUCAUACUUGGGAACGGCAUUAGCGACAAAAGCGCCAGAUCAAUCAACUGAUUAUGGUUUUUAUUUCUUAAAUUAAUGGUGAUUGAGUAAUAAAAAUAAAACACCCAAUGAAAAGGAAUGUUAUAUUUGCUAAUUAUCAAAUAAAAAACAUACGUUUCAACAAAGGAUCUUUUGGUAUUUAUGUAAUAGGUCAGAGGUGAAAAUUCACACCAUGUCAAUGACUCUCGCAUUAUUUCAAUAUUUUCAUGUUGUCACUUACGGCUUCAACUUCAAUGAAAUACUCCACAAAAUCCUCUGUUGGACAUAACGUGAAGAUUAUAAUGUGAAACUAAUGUUUCUAAAAUCAUUAGAUAUAAUAAUAUUGAUAUUUAAAAUUAUUUUGAUAUGUUGAAAUUUACAUAGAUAUAGAUCAAAAACUCUUAAGAUUAUUAAUUAAGAUCAAAAACUGUUCUUAAGACUCAAAUUCGGUUGUUUAAAGAUACAUUAUUCGAAAUUUAGAUAGUUAAGAUCUGGUCAUUCUUGCUAUUAAAGUUUAAAAUAAGCUUGUUUUGUGAAUAAAAAUUUCUGUCAAGUUACUUUAUUCUGAAGUUUUGGAACCAGAAAAAAGAUCUGUUAUUGGCAGUCACUCUUGUCUAAUGGCUCUUUAAUGAAUGUAAACUGUGUUGUAGAAUAUUUGGUUGGUGGGGUGGUUGAACAGCAAAGUUAAUUAAGCAAGACCUGUGAUAUGGAAAUGAUUAAAUGUUGUUAUAGGCCUAACAAGGGUAACUGGCAGGGUGGGGCGCGCUGAAAAUGAUAAUUGUUAAUUUUAACCCACAAGGUUGUUUUAUGAAGAAAGGUUCCAUAUUUUAUAUGGAUGUUGUUGAGGUUUUUUUAUGUUUAGUAAAAUAUAUUAUUGUUUUAUGAAAUCAGAUCAGAGUAUUGAAUACUUCCAGGAUUUGUUAAGGUGUAGCUGAAUGCCUCGGUUAAAAGCACAUCUGAAAUUUAUUCGAAAUUAAAAUAACUUAGAAGUAUUUAAUUGCUCUGGUUAUUGUCAGAUGUUUUAUGGAAUAUCACCCGUUUGCUUGUUGUUUGUUUUUCUUGUAUAUUUUUCACUCUCAAUGUUAAAUAUUUCUGACAAUUUUUGUUGUCAAUUUUUUUCUUUGAAGUCACAAAACUUUAUUUUAUCGAUUCUAGCUCUUAAUUUUUUAAGAGCUUAUUGUAAUAUGCACAUUUCUACAAAAUAUUUUAUUUAAACUUUAAUUUUGUUAUUAACAAAACAAAAGAUAUGGAAACGUUUUUUAGUUAUGUAUGUAAAAAUUAAAUAUAGUUUUGUGGCAUUUUAUCGUUGGACAGUCCAGAUCUAUCUCACAGCUUGCAUGUCCAAUAGUUUAAACAGGUAAUAAGCACAUGAAUUUACUAUCCCAUGUGUAUGUACAGUAUCCUUAAAGUCUCUGAUCACCAUUACAGAAAUUGAUACUCUUAGAGAUAUAGUAACUAUACUCCUAGAGAUAUAGUAACUAUGGUAUAUACUCUUAGAGAUAUAGUAACUAUGGUAUAUACUCUUAGAGAUAUAGUAACUAUGGUAUAUACACUUAGAGAUAUAGUAACUAUGGUAUAUAUAAUCUUAGAGAUAUGGUAUAUAUAUACUCUUAGAGAUAUUGUAACGAUGGUAUAUACUCUUAGAGAUAUAGUAACUAUGGUAUAUACACUUAGAGAUAUAGUAACUAUGGUAUAUAUAAUCUUAGAGAUAUGGUAUAUAUAUACUCUUAGAGAUAUGGUAACUAUGGUAUAUACACUUAGAGAUAUAGAAACUGAGAUAUAGUUAUAUGGUAUAAAUUCUGUGCGAUAUACUGUAUGAGGUACAGUAACUGUGGACUGUAUACUGUAGAGAUAUAGUAACUAUGGGCUGUUCAGUAUGUUUAAUUAUAGUAUUAUGUUGUUUAUCAUUAUAUGCUUUGUUGUAUUUAAUGUUUUAUAUAGAAUUACCAGGUAUGGUAUUAUACACCUGUCAGGUAUUUACAGGUAGAAUAAUCAAGCUGAUCUUUCAAACACUGAACAUAUGUAUAUAUAAACACCUGUAUGCCGCCAAGUGCGAAUGAUUCUAUUAUUCAAAAAAAUUGGAGACUUUGUAUUACUGGUAUAAUAUUUAUAUUGGACAGGGACUCGAGAGAGGUGCAGCGACAUCUGACAAACUAAUAUGGAUCAAAAGUAAUAAUUGAUCAGAUAUUGAUAAUAAAAAAUGUCACCCCCCUCCUAAUAAUAGAAGACCCCUUUCACUAAGUAGUACUACAGAAAAGUUUGCCUAAUUUGUGAAACAAGAAAUGGAGGUUAAAAAAUUCGCUGGACAGACAAGAUGAAUCAUUACUGAAUUCUGUCAAAAGUGCUAAAACAUGAAGUUUGUUUAAAUCAAACCUCAACACCUGUCUCUUCAAACCCCUUUUGUGGAUUUGGAUUUUAGUGCAAUACAAGACUCAUUAUUAUUAUUAUUAUUAUCCUUUUGGAUAUAAUGGUUAAUGAUAUAAAGGAAAUCAUGCAGAUUAGGGAAAUCAAUCAAGACAGAUUAGGUAGUUGAUAAAACAUAUAAAAGGGUUCCUCACUGUUAGUUAAUCAAUCAACAACAAUCGAGAUUAGUUAAAACCUCAGUAUGGUCAAUAUUUGGGGUGAAUUUUCAAUAUGAUACACUGGUGAGAUCUCAAUGUCAAAUUGCAUAUAUUCUUAAUUGGACAUUUGUCAAUCUUUAUAUUUGGAGUGAAUUUUCAAUAUGAUUCACCGGUGAUAUCUCAAUGUCCAAUUGCAUAUAUUCUUCAUUUCUUAAUUGGACAUUUGUCAAUCCAUAUAGGACAUGUCCGGUAUAUAUGGGCGAAACAGCUUCCCUGGUUAAUACAUGUGUCUGUGUUAGUUUGAAAGUUGUGCUUGAUUAUUUCAUCUGUAGUUUGAUGUAUUUUUUUCCACUUCAUUUCGAUUCCCAAUUGUUCAUCUUUGAUUAUAUAUUUGUAUUUAUUAGUUUUAUAUAGUAUAUCAGCAUGUAUAUGUUACUCGAUGUACAGGGGUGGAUCCAGGAUUUUCAGAAAGGGGGGGGGGGCGUGCUGCCCCAACUUGGGAGUGCGAAGCCCGGCCCUCGGUGGGCGGACUGAUGGGCAAUCAACCAAGUCACCAACCCACUAGUUUUCGGAGUAAAUUACGAUUUCCAACCUAAACUGACUGUUAAUUCCUUUCCCGCGAGAAUAUAUGGGGUAAAAAAUUGUUCGCCAACGCAACAAAUAGGGUGCACCCCACCCCCCACAACUGGAUCCGCGCCUGAUGUAGGAGCAUGGAUGGAGACCUAUAGUAUAUCUUCAUGUAUAUGUUACCAGAUGUAGCAGCAGGGAUGGAAACCUAUAGCCCUUUUCAGUAAACGGGGAAACCCUAUGAUUAGUGUGUAUAUUUAUGCAAUAGAGUAUACUAUUAGGAAUGCUGUAUAUAUAUAUUGGUUUAAAUAUUUCUAGAUUUAUAGUCUUUAUCAAAAUAACUCCCCCCAUACAAAUAUCUCACUUGUUUUAUAGUCUUUAUCAAAAUAUACCCCCCCCUCCCGCCAUACAAUAUCUCCAUUGUCUUAUAGUCUUUAUCAAAAUACACACCCCUCUCCUCCUCCCCCAAUCCCCAUACAAUAUCUUCAUUGUAUUUUUUAUAAAUUUGUUUGUUUUCCUACAUACUCCAAAUCUGAAAAAGGGCACAGGUCUUCGUUUGUUCCAUUUUUACAUUAAAAGUGGACAUUCACUGGGGCCCGAUUUAUAAGAAAUUAGACUGAAAUAAUUUAAGAAUAAUGAUUGUUCAUUGGUUGAGCACGAAAAUCAUAAUACAAUAAUAGCUUUUGGGCAAUGAAAUUCUAGGCUGCAUUCUUCAUAUAUUUUUGAUCAAGUUUUCUUGAAUAGGACCCGAUUUUGCAUGAGAUUCCAUUUUUGUUGCUCCAUUUUUAAUUUGUCGCCAAUAUUAAAGAAUUUACCCAAUUCAUCUUUCAUAGUUUCAAUUAGGCCUACCUAAAAUUGAGAAUUGGAUUAGUUCAGUGGUUCCAUGAACUGUUUAUUUUCUAACUUAAACCUGUAACUUGAUGUGAGCAAUAUUGUUAAGACGACAACUUGUAAACCUAUCAAUCAAUCAAAUCUUUAUUCAGUAUUUAAGGCCUCGGGCCCAUAGUACACAGUAGUGCAGUUUAAUAAAAUAUAUCAACUAUAUAAAACAUAAUUAUAUUACAACAGAUAACUAGUUCUUAUGAUAUUAGCCUUAAAUAUAUAUUCUGCUACAUUAUUGACAAUGUUUAUAUCCGACAUGGCUGAUAUGAUCACAAUAUAAUUACUAAACCUACAUAUACGUUGUCAUAAUAUCGUAGGAUUUGAAGCAAUAUCGUUAGGGACUUUUUGUUAACGAAUAUCUGUGUAUUCAUGUGCAGUAUUUCUGUUGUUUGUGAAUAUUUUUAUUUUAGGGGGAGUAUCAAUAAUUGAUCGACUCUCUAAUCAAAUCACUGAUUGAUCCCUCUCUGAUCGAUACAAUGGGCAGAAAUGUAGCUAGCGGGGGCAAGGGGUUGCAGCCCAACCAAUUUCACUCGACUCUAUGUGGCCCUCAUACUGAUAUGGGCACGUUGGCCGUUGGGUUUGUUUGGCACCCAGGGGGCUAGCUAGCUACAGGUCAGAUGGUAAGGGGAGUGAUCAAUCAUUCAUCUCUGUAAUCAAUAUUUUUGUAUUAGGGUGUAAUCAAUAAAUCAAUGAUUGAUCCUCUAAUUGAUAUGAUGGGUAGGGGAAUAAUCAAUCACUGAUUGAUGCCCUCUAUAAUCAAAAUAUUUGUUUUAGGAGAGUAAUCAAUCAAUGAUUGAUACUUUAAUUGAUACAUUUGGUAGGGGAGUAAUCAAUCACCAAUUGAUGCCCUCUCUAAUCUAUUUAUUUAUUUUAAGGGAGUAAUCAAUCAAUCAAUCAAUCAAUGAUUGAUCCUCUAAUUGAUAUGAUGUUUUUAAUCUGAUUGAUGUAAAUCGUGUCAUAUUUUAUUUAUUGUCUGUUUCUUGUGAUUAUUGUACAACUGUAUUUUAUAAUUUAUUUGUUAAUAUUCAUCGUGUUGUUGUUGUUUUUUUAUUUAUAUUUAGUUUGAAAACAAAAUCCCGACACUUGGCUAAAUUUUUUAUAUUAAAACACAACCCAAGUUCUACACAAAUUUCAGUGAUUGGACAUCCAAGGGGUUCUAUUUUCCAACUAGUUGUUUAAGUUAACCAGGGUAUUUGUUUCAGUCAUAAUUACCUGUUGUGACUGACAGGUCGUGAAUAUAACCAGCCCGAGAACUUACUAGUCAGUCAAUUUACGUGCAAAGAAUUUAACCUUAAAAUUUAUGAACUCUUUGAUUUCUAUACCCCCGGCGAUCCAACCUUUGUUCUUUAAGUGAUCAUAGGUUAUUGAGAAUUCCUUAAAAUAGUAAACGUUCUAGUGAAUAUGCUUUCUCCAUCAGAGCAGCUAAAAUGUGGAAUGAUCAUCCAAAAACUCUUCGAGACUCCUCUUCCAUCCAGAGCUUUAAGGCUAACUUAAAAACAUAUUUAUUUUAAAAAUGUUUUUGAACUGUUUUGUUGUGAAUGCGCUUAGAAACACUCAUGUGUAAUGAAGAGCUAUAUAAAUCGAACAAUAAUAA